AUGGCCUCGGCCGUCCGACAGCCAAGUUCGUCCUUCCAUCGCUCCCAGUCUACUCCGGAUUUAUUGUCAGCAUCGACCAAAUCCCCGCCCUCUGCCAUCAGCAGCAUCGACUCGUCGCCCCGCGCCUUCAGCCUCAAGUUCAAGACGCUGCCCAGCCUGCCCGCCUUCGAUGUGCCCUCGUUCGACCUAGACGAUUUUGAGCUGACCCUGAGCGGCUUCGGCGCCGAAAAGGCCCCUCCGCGGCGCCCGCCUGCCACAGAAACGGUCGUCGAGAUCAAGGCCGAGGCCGUCGCCGCUGCGACACAGGCUGAGACCGUCACCCGCACCAGAUCAAUGAUUGACCGGCCCCGCUCGUGGCUGCCAAGUGUCAAGUCGAGCCCCAACGUACGAGCGUCCCAAAGCCCGCGCCCAAAGCGGCUCUCGAAAGACUAUGUAGCCAAUGCGCCCGAAACCUCGUCGUUGGAGCCCAAGGCUCUGGAGCGGUCGAGGACAAUCGAGUCAUUUGCCGACUUCGCGAAGCGGUCCUGGAUUUCCACGUCGAGGUCGCCUUCGCCGCCCAGCAAGGCCGACAGGGAGCGGGGCUCUGAUCGGAUGACAGGCGAGAGAAACGGGGCAUCCAAGUCGCAAAGCGGCCCAGCGUCUCAGACUGUCUCGGGGGACCGGAGCGGAGCAAAACCAGAAGGCGAUGACGGGUUGGCUGCUACCGAGUCGCCGAGCAGCAAGAGCCGCGCCUUCAAUCGUGCCAGCAUUUACUUGACAAGGAUGAAGCAAAAACCCCAGAGCGUAUUUUCCAAGGGCCCAUCGCCCGCGCCGUUGUCAGCCUCGGCUGCCAGAAGUUGUGUCUCGGCGGCCGAUUUGAACAGCACUGCCCCAUCAGCUUUGAGCGCCACCACGAACAACGCUCUCGUUACCGCUAGCACUACUGCUGCACCUUCACCCGCACCCGCACCACCACGCGCAAUCGUGACCAAAUUGACAACCUCGACGGCCCCAGCAAGUAAUGGUUCUCACAGCAGCAUCGACUCUCCUCGGCACUCGUCGUCUCAAACUUCGUCCCUAGACACGACAGCAACCACCGCCGCCUCUGACGACGCUACGCCGUCCUCUGCCGACAGGGGCGCUUCGAUGCCGCACCCAACAUCCCGAGACCCGCUAUGGGCCACCUUCCGAACUCUCGAUGUCGAAUUCACAAAGUUCGCCGCCAGGAACUCGACUGCCGCGCGAAUGGGUGUUGUGCGAUCGACUCUUGUGCCUUUCCUGCGCAGCACCGCCCACCACCCCUCCAACUCAAACAGGACCAUCCUAUCGCUCGAGGACAUCGACCGCAGGGCAACAAUCUUGAAUAAGUGGUGGAAUGGCCUGUUGGAGAUGCUCGAUGCUGGGCAAUCCAGACUCGGCGUCAGCCUAUACGGCGCUGCCAUGGGUGGAGGUGGAAUAUUAGGCCAACAACCAAUGAUGACGACCAGUCUGCAGCCUGUCGCCGGCGUCGACCGACCGACCCUACUCGAAACCACCACCAUGAUCAUGAUGCGCCCGGAAUGGAGGGCCAUCACUAGCUACUUCCAGCCCCUGGAGCAGCGAUCGCCCGUGGAACGGGUCCGAGCGAGAUCCAGCACCCAGUCGACCGACGAUGCCCCAGACUCGUCGGCCAAUUUCCUGGCCGAGUCGGCCGAGCACAACGUUCGCACCAUGUUCGUUACUAAUCUGUUGACGCAGAUGGCUCUGGUUGUGGAGAAGAUGUCGAUGCGUCACGCGCCUCUGAGUCUGGUGAACUGGUGCGGCAAGGCGUGCGCAUACGCCUUCUUCUUUGUGCCAGGCAUUGCCGACGUACUCGUCCGGCUGUGGACCGUCAACGGAGAUGUCAUGCGAAGAGUAGCUGACGAAUUUGGACUACCGCGGCGAAGCAAAGGAGAGAGCGACGACAUAGUGGCGCUCUUCCCUCCGCACCUGGGCAAGCUGGGGUGGACGUCAGGAAAGACGCUGGGAGACAAGCUGCGGCAGGCGGCUAAGCUGCCUCUGCUGUCCGCUAGAAUUCCAUGGCACGGCCCAUGGAUAUCAAGGUGGCGAGGCGGCGAUACUGAUCUGUUCUUCAUCUUCUGCAAGUACUACUACAUCCUCGCCGACGAGUUCAUGCCUGUGGGGCUUCCGCUGGUCGAGAAGGCGCGCGCUCCCGCGUUCGUCUUGCUCCAUGCCCACCUCCUCUCGAUUUUGGAUAGCACAAUCCAUCGACAGGCUUCUAUCGAGGCGAUGCUCGGCCCUCCACUUACCGACGGGCUCCACGGGGCCGAUACGGCCUUGAUGGGACUUCCGCUCCCCAGCAAUCUUCUCAAGGGCAUGGACGAGAAUCGGAUGAUCAUCCUGCUCAAGGACAUGCUGUCGGAAAACUCUAUAGGCGUCGCUGCCGGAAUCAAGCACACAUUUGCCGAAGCUUUCCUGGCUACCGCAAAAGCCGCUACAAAACGAACAUCACGCUAUGAGCAUGCCGCCUGCUUCAUCCUCUGCGACUUCCUCGAAGAGGUGCUCGUGACGCUCGAUGCGUUUCAGAACACGGCGAAUAGCAGCAUCGCGACGUCCCCUUCUGAAGAAGCGUUCCCAGCCUUUGACGAGGUUGUUUCUCCGUCUUUCGAUUACAUCGACUGGCCUUUCUGGUUUGACGUUGGGAAAAUGAUAAUGAACUCGAACAACACCAUGUCCGAAAUCCGCAUCAUCUCAUUCCUCUACGCAGUGUGGGACGCCAUCACCGCUGACCCAUUACGCAAGGAGGCCAUUUGUUUUGGCUGGCUGCUGACGGAGGAGGCGUUUGAGAAGUUCUUCAAUCACUGGUGCCCCAUGGUUCGAGCCUACUAUAUGCGGUUAGUUUGCUGGCGUGUCUGCAGGGACUCGGGCAGCCCGAACGAGUUGGACGCUAAAAUCUUCAUUCUUGUCUCGCAGCGGCUCAAGACUGUGUGGUCCCACUUUCUCUGGCUACAGCAGACCGCAGAGAAAGAACACCGGAUGCCUCCGUCGACGGCCCCGUGUUAUCCAACGCCAGGCAAGCGGUUCCUGAUUAUCCGCACCGAGAUCCCGCCAGUGCAGCCCGCCCUGCUUCCGGGGUUUGAUUCUUUCUCCAGCUCGUUCCCAGGCUCGGACAUGAUAUCAGACUUUCGCGGCUCCGUCUCAGCAAACAGUAACAGCUCGACAGCCAGCGCCCGAACCGAAAGCAUCUCAACUGUCUACAAGAAAAAGUGGUCGCUGUUGGGCAGGGUUCUUUCAUUAACAGCAACGCAGGCAAACAUGGGGUUUGGCAAUGUCGCUAUUGGUGGGAAACGCACUUGGGACGAUGAGCUUGAACAAGCCCGCCGGGAGACAGCUGCGUCGCGAGCAGCUGCGGCGACUACCCGUUCGGGUCCGCCACCUCCACCUAAACAGGGAGCCCCAUCUGUCGUCACGCCGUCCUCAGACUCGGGCUCAUCAACCGGAUCUGCCCCUGUCUUUGAUGCCGCAACAUUUGUGUUCCGCUUCGCUCUCACAUGGCAAGGCCAAAACGGCCCCGGGGGCGGCAGUCCUUCACGGGAUAGGAUCAUUACUCGGCCGCGACUCCCUGCGCCGGCACAGUCCAAGGUCAGCGCUCGUUCUGCCGCGUUGUUGGCCAACGGCAGCAUUGGCGGGGGCUCAGCCAUUCGCAACGACAGCCCGCCUCCCAUCUCAGCCGGCCUUCCGCCACCCACCCGUCGAAUCAGCGGAGUCACGCAGACCGGCUUGGUUAGCGAAGCGCGAAAUGCGCGGCCUCUGUCUGCUUCCCUGGAAACGGAAACGGAAAAACGAGUGGACAAGCGCCUGUCGUUAGGAGUGAACGUCACGGCCGUUCAUGUCGUUGAUAAGAUGGCAUAUGACGAUGAUAGACUUGACAUUCAGUCUCCGAUUCGGCUGUCAGGAAUUGACAGUGACGAAUCCGAACGUGGCCGGUCCUUUGACAUGGACAGCGACGUUGGCCGCACACAGUUGGCUUCUGUUAGCGCCGUUCGCCCUACUGGAAUCUACACGUCAGGCGCCGUGUAUGCGGGUCGUGCUCUGGCGGAGUGGGGCAUGGUGGUCAGCGAGUGCAACAGCUUUGUGGAUCGACGACGAGACGAGGGCGUUUUGGGCUUAAGCGAUGUCGAGAUUCCGACACUGGGCGUCGAGGGACUUGGAAUACGACAGCGAGCUUAG